CGGAAAAAAUAAGUAGCCAACAAAAAGAGAAGAAGGAAGCAACCCAAUACAAAGAUGAAAUUUAGAUUGUGUAUUUUAACAAUCUUUGUAUUAUUGUCAUUUCUUUUUAAUAUUAGAGCAGAAAAAGUCUUCGAUGUGAAAAGUUUUGGUGCUACACCUAGUCAGAAGAAUGAUAUCAGUAAGGCUUUAUUAGCUGCUUGGAAGGCUGCUUGUUCAACACCAGGUGCAAGUAGAAUUUUGAUUCCAGAAGCUAAAUAUGCAUUACGGGAUGUACUUUUGGAAGGCCCUUGUAAGGGUUCAAUGGUACUUCAAAUUAAAGGAACCUUAAUGGCCCCAGCAGACCCUAGUGAGCACCAUAGCCAGGGUUGGAUUACUUUCCAACAUGUCGAUCAUUUAACUAUAUCUGGAGGUAAUUUGGAUGGUCGAGGAAAAAUUGCAUGGGGAAAAAAUACUUGUCGUACGAAUGUAAAUUGCAAGAAUCUCCCAAUGAAUUUAAGGUUUGAUUUUGUCACCAAUACCAUCGUUGAAGAUUUAACUUCCCGGGAUAGUAAGAAUUUUCACAUGAAUCUCAUCGGGUGCCAAAAUUUCACACUGCAACGUAUUAAGAUUAUAGCGCCUGGUGAUAGUGCUAAUACAGACAGAAUUCACAUUGGACGUUCUAAUGAAGUAAACAUUAUUGAUUCAAAGAUCGGCACUGGUGAUGAUUGCAUCUCUAUUGGUGAUGGUAGUCGGAAUAUCAAAAUCACAGGAGUAAGAUGUGGACCAGGUCACGGUAUUAGCAUUGGAAGCUUAGGAAAAUACAAAAAUGAAGAACCUGUUAGUGGAGUUUAUGUUAAGAAAUGCGACCUUAUAAAUACUUCUAAUGGCAUAAGAAUUAAGUCUUGGCCAGGAUUAUACAGUGGCGCUGCAACUGAUAUGCAUUUUGAAGAUAUUUCCAUGAAUAACGUGAGCAAUGCUAUCCUCAUAGAUCAAAUGUACUGUCCUUGGAACCACUGCAAUUCCAAGGCUUCAUCAAAUGUUAAGAUCAGUAAGGUUACUUUCUCUAAUAUAAAGGGCACUUCUUCAACUCCUACUAUCGUUAAGCUUUUAUGCAGCAAAGGCUUACCAUGCGAGGGCGUGGAACUCAAUAAUAUUAACGUCGUAUAUAAGGGCCCUGAUGGUCCUGCAAAAUCUGAAUGUACAAAUGUCAAGCCUAAAAUUGGGAUACGAACAGAUGUGCUUCGUGGAUGCUAACGUCAAAGACUUGAAUUUAUAUUUUUAUUAUAUUCUCUAAAUUUAAUAAUUAUUUGUGAACACUAAAGAUUAUUAUGCAAAACCUUAUUUUGCAGAAAAUUUAAAGAUGGAUCCCACAUGCUUAGUAGAAUAAGGUAUUAGUAGGUUGACAUUGUUAAUGUGGUAAAACCUUGUACUUUUACUUUUGUACUCAUAUUGCUUAUGUUAACAAACUUGCAAUAUUGAUAAAGAUAAUAUAGAAUGAUUUCUACAUUAUUAAUUUAAAUAGCUAUUCUUUUA